AUGCAAUCACCUCAACAAGCAAGGAGAUCGUCUCCACAAUUUCAAAGAAUUAAAUCUAAAAUAGAUGAUCUUGAAGCCAAGCUUUCAAAGAACUGGGAAUUAGAAGGACAACUAAAUCAGAGAUGUGAUGAACUUUCAAAAGAAAGGGAAUCACUUAUCGCUCAUCUGAAAGCAUCCGAGGUAAAUUCACGCCAACCAAUUGCAAUCGAUAAUAAUUCAAAUAUGAAGAACAUUUACGCAGAAAAUCAAAACCUUAUCAGAUUAAACAGUGAACUUACUGCCGAACUAAAGCACUUACAAAAAACAUCAUUAAACAAUGUUGAAUCUCAAAAGAAUAGCCAGGUUCUUAACGAAACUAUUAAAAUAUUAAAAGAUUCUCUUGAUCAUGAGAAGGAAAACAACAAGAAACUUGUCGAUGAGCUUGUAAAACUUAAAAAGGAUUCACGCGUAUCUAAACUUAAAGCAGAAAACACAGUACAAAAGCAUACAAUUAUCAAAACGAUGAAAAAGUUAGAAAAAUCUCAACAGUUGUAUGCACAGGCAUUAAAUACAAUUAGUGAAAAAGAUAAGAUCAUCCAACAGCUCCAAAAACAAAAAGCAAAACUAGAAAAACAAAAUAACGGAUCAACAGACAAUGAAUCAGAUUCCGAAGGAUUACGUGAAGAAGUUGAAGAAUUACGUGAACAAAUCGGCUUUCUUACUGAAGAAAACGAGCUUUUAAGGCAGCAUCAGAUAGAAAUGAUAAAUCAGCACCUCAAAAACGCUCAUGAAUCAUUAGAAAGUGUUAAAUCCGAUAGCAAAGAUUUUCAGAACAAGCUUCUUGCUUUAGAUUCAUUAAAACAUGAAAAUGAGUUACUCCGUCACCAGCUCUUCUCUCUUUCCUAUUCUCAAGGUAAGAAUGCACAAGAAAUGGUCGAUGAACUCUCUCAAAUCAGAGAUACUUGCCAAAAAUUGCAAGAUCGUGUUGAACAGUACGAAAAAGACGAAAAUACUCUCAGAAACGAAGAACAAAAAGAACAAAACAAAGGAGAAAAAUUAAAUAACUCAACAAGUGCGGAAAAUCAAGAAUUACUUGAAAUUCUCAAAAAUCAUUCUUCACAACUCAAAGAAAACACUGAAACUAUUGAGUUACAGAAGAAAGCAAUCGAUGCAUUGAAGAAUGAGAUCAAGAAUUUGAGAUCAGAGAACAUUAAACUGAUGAAUCCAGACAGUGAUGAACCAAUUAACGUUGAAGAUGAUUUCCCAGAUGAUUUCAUUGAUAUUGACCACGAUGCUGACUUCUGGAUAGACAAAUGUCAGUAUUUGAAAGCAAGAAUCAGAAAAUUAGAAAAAGAAGCUUAUGUAAACUCCAAAGUACAUAGAAACUCAUCAGGAGAUUCAUGCACUGACUUCAGCGAAGAGAAUAAAUCAGAGAAUGAACAAGAAAACAAAGAUCCAGAUGAAAAAGAAGAAUAUGAUACUAUUGAAGAUGCAGAAGAGACAGUAGAAGCUGAUCCAGAGCCACAACCGCCAAAGAUAGAGUACAAAGAACCUAAAUUCAUCAGUGAAGGCGAAAUUAUUGAUAUAAGCGAAGUAAUUGACGACGAUGAUGAUCCAAACUUUGUUAUUUCUAGCACGGAUGAGGAACUAAUUGUUAUUCCUGAUAGUUCUGACGAAAGUCCUUCAACUAGACCAAAAUUAUCUCCUUUCAACUACGAAGCACCAGAAGAAGGUUACCUUGAAAAGGAAAUAGAUGAACUACAAGAGAGAGUUGACUACGUCUCACAACUCAUCAAUAAUUCCGAAAUCAGAGCUUCAAAGAUCCAAGAAUUGUCUCUUCUUGAUACAGCAACAUCACCAGCUAAGAAGUAA